UAGGGUGAAGUGGUUUAUCCUUAAACCCUAAUUUCCCUUUAGGGAAUUUAUUUUUUUCCUUUCGAUUUUUGAAUAAUUGUUUGGGGUAGAAUUUGGCGCCGAGGAGAGAAGAAUCAAGUGCCAGUGGAGUUUCGUUUUCCCGCCUUAUGUUCUUGUUGAUCCUUCGUUCUUGUUUCUUCGGUACAAAUUUCCUCACCGGAGCUUUGUUUUAGUGAAUCGAAACAACUAAAUCAGUUAGCCGACGAUCAAACGCAACGGCGGCGGCAGUGUAAGAGGAGGAGGAGUGUUUAUGGCGAGAGUUCCGUUCUCGAACCUUAAAUCUAAACCUAAUACGAAAAAGAGGAAAACUAAUGGUGAAAUUAACAACCUCCAACAGAUGGAUGGAGGAUUGGGCAACGUAACAACUCAAUCACACUCGGAUGAUGAGUCUUACGUCGAUCGUCACCAUGGAUCUUCGAAUUCCGAGUACAAUCAAUAUGUGAGUUUAAAUAUAUCUUCGUGUUCAGGGAGGGAUUUGGUUGUUCUUAAGAAACGUUUACUCGCGGAGCUUGAACAAGUUAGGAGAUUCAAGAAUCGCCUUGAAUCUGUCGGCAUUGGUUUCGGAACUAAUUGUUUCAAGAAAUCGUCCAAGACUAAGGAGAUUAACAAGCGGCCGAAGCCGCUGCCUAGAUUCGGUAGAGAUUUGCAGGUUUCCAAUUUAUUUGAAGUUAAGAAUCUGAUGAAGGCUUGCUCUCAAAUCUUGAACAAGUUGAUGAAGCAGAAGUACGGUUCGAUCUUCAACAAGCCUGUGGAUGUGGUUGGGCUGCGUCUCCAUGAUUAUUAUGAUAUUGUUAAGCGUCCUAUGGAUUUAGGGACUGUGAAAUCUAAACUAGCUAAGAAUUUAUAUAACUCACCGUUGGAUUUUGCUGAAGAUAUUAGGCUAACCUUUAACAAUGCCAUGUUGUACAAUCCAAAAGGUCAUGAUGUCCAUGUCCUGGCUGAGCAGUGGUUGGUGAAAUUUGAGGAAUUGUUUCGCACUGUUAGUGAGAAGAUGGGCGACCUGGAGCAGCCAGACCUGUAUGAGGAGGAAUUGCAAGCCAGUUCUUGGAAUCAUGUAGAAGAGGCAAAGGUGAAAGCGCCAUUGAGCUCAUCGAAACCGCCUUCAAUACAGUCGCCUGUGAAAACCCCAUCACCAGUGCGGGCUCCUCAAGUGAAGCCUGUAAGGCAGCCAAAGCCAAAGGAUCCGAACAAAAGAGAGAUGAGUUUGGAGGAGAAACACAAAUUGGGAGUUGGGUUGCAGGGCUUGCCUCCUGAGAAAAUGGACCAAGUGAUACAGAUUGUGAAGAAGAGGAGUGGAAAUUUGACACAGGAUGGGGACGAGAUUGAGCUUGACAUCGAGGCAGUCGAUACCGAGACCCUUUGGGAACUAGACCGGCUGGUGACAGAUUGGAAGAAAAUGAUGAAGCAGCAAUCCCUCAUCAGUGACAAUGCAAACGCUGAUUCCAUUAAAGCGAAUAGUGAGAUAUCAUCUGCAAAUGAAUUGAAUGAGGCUAAAAUAGAGGCAAAGCAGCUUAGAAAAGGGGAUAUGGGUGAGGAAGAUGUGGACAUUGGGGAUGAGGAGAUGAUGCCAGUGGGUGGUUUCCCUCCUGUUGAAAUUGAAAAUGAUGCAGCUGCUCAUGCUAGUAGUAGUAGGUCUGAUAGCUCAAGUAGUUCAGACAGUGAUGAUUCUUCCUCCUCAAGUGGUUCUGAUUCAGAAGGUAGUUCCUCCGAUAGCGAAUCCGACCGUGACGGUGACGGUCAAUCAUAGGAUAUAUUACUAACAGCUUUCGGAACUAGCUGUCCACUGAAGCACAUCAGUAACUAGAUACUGAGAAAAUACCAUCAAGACAAAAUACCAUCAAGACAGAUGAAGAGAAAGGUCGGUCGAAAGUGUUUGCCAUGACAAUUUGAGUUGAAAGCAACAAAAACCAAAGACCAAUCCAAGUUAUUUGCAAGGUGGGGAAGACUAUAGGAUCCUAUUGCUCCCAUGGAAUGAGGAUUAGUCUCGUGGUCUACAUGAGUAAACAUGAAAUGUUACUAUCCCAACCAAGGAGACAUCAAGCAUAAGGAGGUGGUAUGACCUCCCUCUGAUAGAGAAGACGUGCAUAGUCAACAAAUCGAGAAGUAGUUUUCAACCGUUCUUAACAGAUUGUAAGAGACUUCUCAAUAUAGUUGGAAAUGUGUCGAGAAACCUGAAGUCAGCAUCAUCUUACAUCGAGAUGUCAACCAGUUGAGUGAGUGAGGAUGUCACAGUUAUGCUUGUCCAAGGUAUGUUGUAUCUAACUUGCAUGUUAGAUGUCCCAAUUAUACCUGUCCAAGGCGUGUUGCAUGUGGCUAGAUGUCCUAGUUAUGUUGGCUGCUUGUCAUAUGUCCCAGUUAUUCCUAACUUUUAACUCUUCACCAAAUUUGUAGAGUUGUAAUCCAACUUUCCAAAAAAAUUAGUUUAUCCUAUUUCAUUAUUUACACA